AUGGAGAAGAUGAGAAGAAGCAGUCCAGCAGCUUCUCUAUUCAUAUUCACACUCAUCAUUGCGCUGAUCUCCCGCAAUCUUGUAAUCCCUGUGAUCUCCUCUACCAAUAUUGAAGAUCCACAUGCAGGAUCUCCUCCCUCAGUACCAUCGUAUUCUAGUCCUCCACCUCCUGGCUGCUCUGGUGGUGGCUAUAAUCCAACUCCACCAAUGCCCUCCGGCGGGAACGGCGGAUCACUACCACAUCGUCCGUCUCCGACGCCAUCGAACCCUCCGUCUAGCUCGCCAUCUUCAUAUGGAGAUGGCAGGCCACAGGCCACCCCAACCGACCCAGGCACCCCUACUGUCCCUUCAUUGCCCUCUUGCCUUCCUUUUCCAUCUCCGUUCAUUGGUACUUGCAGGUAUAAUUUCAAUGCCCUUGCCUCUUUAUUUUUCUCUUCUCCAACCGUUCUUGUACAUCUAUCACCAAGCAGUAAUGUAAAAUGA